UGCAUAUCUACAGUUCAAUUUGGUGUAGCUUUUUUAAGUUGCCUUGUGAAAUUACUAAAAUUUUUGUAUUUACAAAUUGUGCUGUCAUUGUCGUUCUAUUGUACCAUUACGUGUGCGUACAGAGGAAUAUAAACUUCAAAAACAAAAUAAAAGCAUCAUCUGUACUGAGGAGAUAACAUUUUCUGGCUUGUAUAUGAUGUAGAGAAGCCUACGCUUGAGAAAUACUUCUUAACUUCAACCAAUAUCGCAAACUUUCAUCAUUCUUCCGGGAUUUAGCAAAAUCGCUCUUGAGACGAACGUAGGCAACGUAACAUUUGAAUUUCGGUAAAAUCUUUUAAUCCAUCCGGAAUCAUCAGUAGCGAUAAACAUGAGUAAGGAGGAUGAACUUAGCAAGUUGAGGAGAGCUAUAGAAGACCAACGCCUAAAAGCUGAACGAGUGGAUAUAUCAGGGAAAGGGCAGUCAGGCGGUGGUUAUUCGCCAUUUUCUAAUCACGGAUCUAAUAGUACUGGCCAGAAUCAUCAUAACACAACCGGAUCGCCGGAAACUGAAAGUGUUUAUCCGGUUUUUGUCCCACCAGAACAACACGAUCAUUGGUCUAGUGCGGCUUCAACGGUUAGCGGACUUUCAGCAGAGUCAACGUUGACGAGAAAUAACGUCGAUAAUAUAUCGCCGGAUUCUUCCAUCAAUAAACGAGUAUCAUCUGGAAGUUUAUCAAGCGUUAGUUCUCAUAUAAGUGGGUCGUCGUCCAGUACCGGAAGUAGUGGUCCAGAGGUAGAAGCGGCGAUGAAGCAGAGCAAAAAGAAACGCUGGGUAAGGCUUCCUCUGAAAUCUUUUUCAAAGACAAGUAAAUCUCAAUCGUCAUCACAACCCGAUCUAUUAGACAGUGAAGAUUCUGGAUGCCCAUUGUCCCCAACUUUAAGCAGACGAAAUCUUCAUACGACUGGAAGCGUCGGUUCCAGCUCUGAAUCAGAAGCAAUCCAAGAAUUGUUACAAGUUGUUCAGGAAAAGGAGAGAAAAUUAACUGAUAUCAGAUUAGAAGCUCUUACUUCUCAACAUCAAAUUCAUCAACUGAAAGAACAAAUUACUCAAAUGCAGAACGAAAUGCAACUUUUGAGACUUGAGAAUGAGCGCCUCCAAGCGACAGUCGAAUCCAACUGCCAAACCGAGGAGAGAACUAAUACUCCGUUACACGCUACUUCAAAGACUCUAUCACGGACAACUUCAUCUGGUUUGAUGAAGCUAUCACAUUCAAGAACAGACUCAAGAGGGUCAAAUCGAUCACUGAGCUGCAACCAAUCUCCUGUAACAUCCCCAAUGCAUCAUUCGAAAUAUCCGAGUACGCAUCCUACUGCCUUCGAAACAAGUUUUCCACCCAUAGAUUGCAGAAAUCUACAAAAUACUCUCUCACCUGAUAGCGAGUCGGAAGGUUUCCAGGUUCGCUUCCUUGUUACCAGUUCAAGUACUAUGCUACCCGGAAAAAGGUCAAUAGUCAUCGGAUCACUUCCGGUUCCCCGACGAGCAACAUGGGAGGAAUUAGACAGAGUAUCUCAAACUAUAUUGACGGAAUACUGUCGAGUUCUAGAUGGCGAGUCGAGACUUGGCUUAUCAACAGCCAGUAUAGAAUCAUAUCAAGUUGGCGAUUUGAAGAGGGAAAUCGGCGGGAAAACACCGGAUUUGUUACCUUGUGCUUACAUCGUUGGCGAUGUAGAUACAGUCGAAAUCAAAUUAAAGGAUGCAUCACAGGGCUGUUCAGAUCAGAUGGCGUUUGAUCUUCUUAUAUCACGAGAUACAUUGGACUGCUACAUAUCUUUGUUACUUCAACAUGGAAGAAUAAUUCUAGAAGGACCAGCGGGAACUGGAAAAACAUCGUUUGCUAUGAGCCUGUCAGAGUAUUUGGUUGCAAGAUUAAGAGCAGAAGGCGGCAAUACGAUGGUGUCUGUGAUCGACGUAAUGCAGGAUGGCGAAGAGAAAAUUCAACGCUACAUUUCUGAUCUUACCGCUGCUUCACGAAACGGAGAAUCACCGUCGGUACCUGCUGUUUUGGUAGUUGAAAAUCUUCAUCUACUUUCCUCGGUCUCCGACGCAUUAAACCAACUCGUUACCUUAUGUGGGUCCCACGGCAGAAGCCCGUAUAUCAUAGGCACCAUGCUACCAUUAUUCAAUGAAAGGUCUGAAACACAUCGAGAUUUCCGACUUAUAUCUUGCUCAUGUGACAGUCCACACGUUCAAAGAUAUUUGACACGAGCAUUGAGACGAUCUUUGGUUGAUCACAUACUGACGUCAUCCAACACGUGUGCAAGAGAAAACAGUAAAUUAUCAAGUAUAGUUUUAUGGAUACCACUGUGUUGGCAACAUAUCAAUCGAUUCCUCGAACUACAAAAUGCUCAAUAUGCCUAUAUAGGUCCCAAGAUGUUUCUGAAAACGCCGAUGAAUGUAGCGUCAUCGUGUAAUUGGUUUGUUGGAUUAUGGAAUCGUUCGAUUGUUCCUCAUCUAACUACAGCAAUAAGAAGUGUACCUCUCCCACAUGGAAAUGCAUGGGAAGACCCGUCAAAAUGGGUGAUCAAUAGCUUUCCAUGGGAUUCUUGUGAAACCGCCGUGAAUCCAGCAAAAACUCUCUGCAAAGUAGAACCUCCAAAUCCACAAGAUUUACCUAGAUAUCCAUCAGUUCACGAAAAUCUUGCGAACGAGAAUAUUGAAGACUUACCAUUACCUCCACCACCAGUUCCUGUUCGAUCACCCACAAACUCAUUUCGAACUCCUUGUGCAACAUCGUCUCCCAUCAAAACAGCGUCAAGAAGUUCAAAUGGAUGUAUGAAUAGUUAUACCAGAAGCAAUAGCAAUGACAAUAUAUGGCAGAGACAAACUGGAAGUAACACCCUGACCCGUUCACCGGCUCACACAUCAUCAAAUACGCAUAGACAUUUUCAUACAGUAGGCAGCAAGCCCCAAAAAUAUUCUCGUGCGGGCAGCACAGGUCUGUCAGAGGGUGAAGAUCCCUUAAAGAGUAUGCUUGCACAGUUGAAGCAAUCGGCUUUGAGCACCUCAAAAGAUGAUUUUAAUACAACCCCAAACAAUUUCUGAUCUAAAUUUGUUAUUCCCAAUUCCCGAAACAUCAACUCGUUAUGAUUAUAUUGAUUUGAAAGUCUCAACUGAUAGCAAUAAAGUUCAUGUUCAGCAGUUUUUUGCAUUUUGACAAUUAUCUUAGAUUACUAGAACCCAACAUUUGUCAAUAAAUGUUUUUCAUACUUCGUUUUAUUUUCGUUUCACUUAAAUUAAUUUUUUCUUAUUUUGCAUUUGAUGUAUCUUUUUGUUCCUAACGUUGGAAAUUGUUCACCCUUCUGCCAGUAACUGAGGAAAAUCGUUGUAAAUUUCACACAUGUAAGAAAUUAAUAUCUAUAGUCCAAAUAUCACUUUAUCGUUUUUUCAUCCAAAAACAACAUGGCCGAUUCGAAUAUGAAUUCUUUUCGUAUACUGGUCAAAUUUGUAGUACAUCUGUAGCAAUGGUUAUAGACAAAAUAAGUUUUUAAGAAGCGCGAUUUGUCUAUGGCCUGUUUCUGGAGUAAGAUUUUAUGUAUGAUAUAGCAUGAAUAUAUUUGUUAUUAUGGUCAUUUGACGUCGUCAGCUUUUCUGCUACUAUCAUUUAGGUUCGAUGGUGUCGUUAAAGAGGACUGAAAACUUUCUCUGCUGGUGAACGAGGGCAUGGCGUUGUACGAAUCGCCAAUGGCGUUUUAGUAUUUGUGUUUUUCAGUCUCGACAAAGUUGACCGCUGAUCUACUGCUGGUCGGUGGUCAGUCGAAGCUUUGAUUUUAUCAUUUCGAUUUAAAUUUUGACCUAUUUGAAGCGAAAUAAAAAUUUAUCUCGAUAU